AUGAUUCUACGAUUUUUCCUUUUUGGAUCGAUUUUCUUUCAAACUGUGCAUUUAUGGAAUGAGGAUGAUGAAACGCAACGGAUACAAAUGAUCAUGGAUGAAGAAAAGCGUUACUACGAUGAUGAGCUCAAACCAGCAACUCAAAUGAAAUAUAAACAGAGUAGUGUUUAUGGUGGAGUUAGCAGACAAUAUGAUUUGAAAAGAAGACAACCUGAGCCGACUUAUGAUUAUGAUAUGGCUGUACAACAGCCAAAAGCCGAGGCAUUGAGAGGGGAGAAGAGUCGAUCGAAAUAUGCUGAACAAGAUGAGAUGGAUGGUGGGAAUUGGUGUUACUCUUGUGCAACCCCAUUGGGAAUGCUCUCUCCCGAAAUGCAGACGUCGGUGAGGAACUUCUUGGACGUCCGAAGAACCGAAUAUCCAAGAGACAAAAUCAAUCGCGAGUGUGCAGAAGGGAAAAAUGUCUCGAAAAUUGUGCGAGAGAAAUGUUUGCAUCGAUAUUGUCAAACCCUCGUACUCACCGAUCAUAAUCAAGGAGCGUCCUUUGUGCUCCGUGGUUGCGCCGAGAAUUUCGGGGCCGUAAAUGUGAAACAGUUUGAGCAACUCGAGGAGAAUCACUGCAAAUCACUUCAUAAAAACUUGGACAUGCGUGAGUGCAUCUGCAAGAAUCGUCACUUUUGCUUUUCGGGUUCGAGUCGACGCCGUGGGUCGAACUCGUCAAAGUUCCUCUUUCUACCUCUAACAGCUUUUACUUAUUUGUGUCUCACAAGAUUUUUA